CUCACUCUCUCUCUCUCUCUCUACGCGGACACCUCACCAAACCCUAGCCUUUAUUGCUGCGUGGGGGGAGGGAUCGAGUCUCCCCGAGUCAUCGCACACCCACCUCCAAUUUCCCCACCCCAAUUUGGCGGUGAUUUGGGUGAAUCAUGGGGUUUCGCGUGUGGGUGCUCUCGAUUUUGAUCCUUCAUGGUGUUUUUGCGCGAAUUGGUGUCGCGGAGGGGGAGGGGAGCCACCGCACGGAGCGGAUUUCAGGAAGCGCCGGCGAUGUGCUCGAAGAUGACCCGGUUGGAAGGUUGAAGGUGUUUGUGUAUGAACUUCCCAGCAAAUACAACAAAAAGAUCGUGCAAAAGGAUCCGAGAUGCCUCACGCACAUGUUCGCCGCCGAGAUCUUCAUGCAUCGGUUUUUGCUUUCUAGUCCGGUUAGAACCCUCAAUCCGGAAGAGGCCGACUGGUUCUACACGCCUGUUUACACGACUUGCGACCUGACCCCGAAUGGACUCCCCUUGCCCUUUAAAUCACCGCGAAUGAUGAGAAGUGCAAUAAAGCUUAUUUCGACUAGUUGGCCUUAUUGGAACCGAACUGAGGGGGCCGACCACUUCUUCGUUGUUCCGCAUGAUUUUGGGGCCUGCUUUCACUAUCAGGAAGAGAAAGCAAUUGAACGAGGAAUCCUCCCGUUGCUUAAACGUGCGACACUCGUUCAAACUUUCGGGCAAAGCAAUCACGUGUGUUUGAAGGAGGGCUCCAUCACUAUACCUCCUUACGCCCCGCCACAGAAAAUGCAGGCCCAUUUGAUUCCUCCCGACAUUCCUCGUUCUAUCUUUGUCUAUUUUCGUGGUUUGUUUUACGAUGUCGGGAACGACCCCGAGGGCGGCUACUAUGCAAGAGGAGCGCGAGCGUCGAUAUGGGAGAACUUCAAGAACAACCCGCUCUUCGACAUCUCGGCCGACCACCCAACUACCUACUAUGAGGACAUGCAGCGGGCCGUCUUCUGCCUGUGCCCGCUGGGCUGGGCCCCGUGGAGCCCGCGGUUGGUGGAGGGGGUCGUUUUCGGGUGCAUUCCCGUCAUCAUCGCCGACGACAUCGUCCUCCCUUUUGCAGAUGCUAUCCCUUGGGAAGAAAUCGGGGUAUUUGUCGCCGAAAAGGACGUCCCGAACUUGGACAAAAUCCUGACAUCGAUACCGACCGAAGUUAUACUGAGGAAGCAGAGAUUACUCGCCAACCCUUCGAUGAAGCAGGCCAUGCUUUUCCCGCAACCGGGUCAGCCCGGAGACGCGUUCCAUCAGAUACUCAACGGGCUCGCCCGGAAGCUUCCGCACGAUAAGAGCAUAUACUUGAGCCCGGGCAACAAGGUUCUCAACUGGACCGCAGGACCCGUGGGAGAUUUGAAACCUUGGUAGAGGGAAAAAAAAGGGUUCGGUUCGAAACUCAGAAAAAAAAAGUUUAACUGUUACUACUAUACUCUUACCUGCCUAAGUUUUAGUUUCAAGAAAGUGUAAAUUUUUCGUUUCCGUUGAGAAAUUCUUUGGUGAUGUUGUCAUAUAGCUAUGUGGAGAUUAAUCUCUCUCUCUCUCUCUCUCUGUCUCUCUCUCUCUCUCUCUCAUGUUGUAUGGUUGUAAUUUUGCGUAUAAAUGACACUAUUUCGAAGAUCAAUGUUAUUACAAAAUAUUACAUUUUAUUUGUCCA